GACAUUAAAUAAAAUGGCAGACUUGUGUUGAAAGGACGUUGAGAAAUUUAUUAUUUUAGAAUGUCGUUAAAUACAUUCCAACGUGUGUGAUAAGUGAUUAGUAUUAAUUACAGUGUUAAACAGUAAUCAUUUUAGAUAAUAAAUAAUCAAAACAUGAAAAUCAGUUAAAUGUUCAUUGUGUAUUUUGUGUACAUUGAAGGAAUCAAAAGUCUUACAGAAUGACUAAUAUCCUUAGAUCAAGCUCAACUACAUCAAUUCGAUGAUGGAGCUUUUUACAGUCAUUUAUCGAUUAUCAAAAAGAUCAUUGUUUGACCUUAAAUUAUCAAAGGUUGAAAAUCUAAAAAUUUGCCAAGAGAAUGUUGAAUAAACAAUGAAGACGUAGAUAAUUCCUAGAAAUAGUGAGAAAUGAAUCAAUAUUCGACGGAGAUGAUCUAAAUUUAAUUGAUACAGAAAUUUGGAGAAAAUCAAUUUUUAUCAAUGAAAAGUAUGGAUUCAGCAACGGAAUUGGAGCAUAUUGAGAAGCUCGUGAAGGAGUCGGAGACAUUAAAAAUCCGCCUCGAGGAUGAGAGACAAAAAUUGAAUGAUGUUACACUCGCAACUGUUGCUGACAGACUUGAGGCUAUAAAUUGUAUUAAUGUAAAACCUAGGAGAGUAUUAAAAGGACAUCAGGCGAAGGUACUUUGCUCUGAUUGGUCUCCAGAUAAGCGACACAUUGUUUCUUCAUCUCAGGAUGGGAAAAUGAUCAUCUGGGAUGCUUUUACAACUAAUAAAGAGCAUGCAGUUACAAUGCAGACAACUUGGGUUAUAGCUUGCGCUUAUGCUCCGAGUGGAAUGCUAGUAGCUUGCGGGGGUCUGGACAACAAAGUAACGGUUUAUCCCUUGAGUCUUGAGGACGAUGUAUCGGCGAAAAAAAAGACUGUCGGCACUCAUACGUCGUACAUGUCUUGUUGUGCAUUUCCAAACAGCGAUCAGCAAGUAUUGACCGGAAGUGGUGACAGUACUUGUGCCCUUUGGGACGUGGAGAGUGGACAACUUUUGCAAAAUUUUCACGGACAUUCGGACAGCGUAAUGUCCAUCGAUUUAUCGCCCAGCGAAACGGGCAAUACUUUUGUUUCCGGAAGCUGUGACAAAAUGGUCUUCAUUUGGGAUAUGCGAAGUGGACAGUGCGUACAAAGUUUUGAGGGUCAUCAGUCGGAUGUUAAUUCGGUGCGUUUUCAUCCAAGUGGAGAUGCAGUGGCAACAGGUUCUGACGAUGCAACCUGUCGUCUCUUUGAUCUUCGUGCAGACAAAGAAGUUGCAGUUUAUGCAAAAGAGAGCAUUAUUUUUGGUGCAAAUGCUGUUGAUCUCAGUGUUAGCGGUCGUCUUUUAUUUGCAGGUUAUAACGAUUAUACCGUAAAUGUUUGGGAUACAUUGAAAUGUCAACGUGUUGCUCUACUAUACGGACAUGAGAAUCGAGUUUCUUGUCUUCGCGUUUCACCAGAUGGAACCGCAUUGUCUACUGGUAGUUGGGACACGACUCUUCGUGUUUGGGCUUAAUUUUUUUUUUUUCCAUCACCAAUCAUCUUUAUACGCCCUUCUCUGUGCACAAUUAUUAUUGAUUAAUUUCUUAAAAUAGCACAAAAAAAAAUGAAAACGAUGAUAUUUAAACACGCAGUAUUUACAAUAAAAAAAAAGAAAAAUGAAAAUUGUACCAAACGCGAUAUUUCAUGAAAUUCAUUGAUAUUGUUACUAGUCGACAUUUAAGAGAAAAUAAAAAUUGUAGAUGCGUAUUAGAUAAUAAAUUACUGUUAGAUUUUCCCAUGUGUCGUUUUAGAUUUGAUGAAAUUGUGUUAGGCUGGCCCUAAAUUAUAACUGGUCAGAGAAAACUAUCCCUGUUGAGAUUAUAAAAAAAAAGGAAAAAUAAAGAUUUAGAGAACGUGACAA